GAGAGAGACGUCUUGCUCUGGCGCGAAUAAGCGGAGUGAAUAAGCGCUGUUCAUGAGGAAUACCCCGCACACACACACACACACACACCGUAUUUCAGUCUUCGGAUUUUGAGCCUGUGACAGUAAGCGGGUGUGUAUCUAAGAGUGUGUGUUUGGACUGGAGAAGAGCAGCAGGGCGCAUCGCGGGAAUUCUCCUCUCUCUCCUCACUGGAUUCUGAAUGGGGUUUUAUACCGGGAUAAACUUCGGAUAAUUUUUCAGGGCUGACUGUUUCUCCAUGUUUUUGGACACAAUGAUUGUGCAGAGCAUGAGGGAUUUGUUUCUGGGGACCCUUCUGGUUUCUGUGUUCUCAGCUGUAUCUGUCCAGAGCAACCCCUUUGCCUCCCUGCCACCUCUUUCAGCUCCGAGGAUCUACCUGUCCUUUAAAGAGCUGAAGUCUACAGGCACGGCACAUCACUUCGCCUUCUUGCUCAACUCCACUGACUACAGGGUCCUGCGCAUGGACGAGGAUCAUGACCGCAUGUAUGUGGGAAGCAAAGACUACAUCCUCUCCCUGGACCUAAAUGACAUCAACAAAGAGCCCCUCAUAAUCCACUGGCCUGUGGCUCCUCUGAGGAAGAAUGAGUGUGUGCUGUCAGGGAAGGACAUCAAUGGCGAAUGCGGGAACUUCAUUCGAUUGAUUGAACCAUGGAACCGGACUCACCUGUACGUCUGUGGAACUGGCGCCUACAACCCCAUUUGCACCUAUGUGGACAGGGGUCAAAAAUCACAGGCUUUGCUCCAGAACCAGAAUCUUCGAGCAGGAGGCCGAACAAGUCGUGCAGCAGAACCCAGUGCCUCACCUGAGCCUUAUGCACCCAAGGAAUACAUCUUUCGCCUGGAGCCGGGUAAAGUGGAUUCUGGGAAAGGAAAAUGCCCAUUUGACCCCAAAUUAAACAGUGUCUCUGCGCUGAUCAAUGGCCAGCUCUACGCUGGAGUGUACAUCGAUUUUAUGGGAACGGACUCUGCCAUUUUUCGUACGCUAGGGAAACACACGGCCAUGAGGACUGACCAGUACAACUCACGCUGGCUCAAUGAUCCCACAUUUGUCCACGCACAGCUCAUACCAGACAGUGCAGAGAAAAACGACGACAAGCUGUACUUUUUCUUCCGGGAGAAGGCUUCAGAGAUGGGUCAGACCCCUAUGACUCAAUCACGAAUUGGCAGGAUCUGUCUGAAUGAUGAUGGAGGUCACUGUUGUUUGGUUAACAAGUGGAGCACCUUUCUGAAGGCUCGACUAAUCUGCUCCGUAACUGGGGCUGACGGCAUCGAGACACACUUCGACGAGCUCCGGGAUGUCUUUAUUCAGAAGACUCAAGACACCAAGAAUCCAGUCAUUUAUGGAGUCUUCUCAGUGUCUGGGUCAGUGUUUAAGGGUUCAGCCAUAUGUGUGUAUUCCAUGGCUGACGUGCGUAUGGUCUUUAACGGCCCCUUUGCCCACAAGGAAGGUCCAAACUACCAGUGGAUUGCCUACCAGGGGAAAAUCCCUUACCCACGGCCUGGGACAUGUCCAGGAGGGACGUUUACCCCCAACAUGAAAUCCACUAAAGAUUACCCAGAUGAGGUGAUCAACUUCAUGCGGAACCACCCCACCAUGUACAAUGCCGUGUAUCCAGUACACAAGCGCCCCCUGGUGGUGCGCACCAAUGUCGAUUACGAGUUCACCACUAUCACCGUGGACCAAGUUGCAGCAGCAGAUGGCAGUUACGAGGUGCUUUUCUUAGGAACAGACAGAGGCACAGUGCAGAAGGUCAUUGUUCUGCCUCGAGAUGAUCUACAGACGGAGGAACUAGUUCUGGAGGAAGUGGAGGUCUUUAGGGUUCCAACUCCAAUAACCACAAUGAAGAUUUCACCAAAACGACAACAGCUGUAUGUGAGCUCAGCAGUGGGAGUGACUCACCUGGCAUUACACAGAUGUGAUGUGUACGGUGAGGGUUGUGCAGACUGCUGCCUCGCCCGGGACCCUUACUGCGCUUGGGAUGGCAAGUCCUGCUCCCGCUACUCCACCAACCACAAGAGACGCAGCCGAAGACAGGAUGUGAAGUACGGCAAUCCGAUUAGACAGUGCAGAGGCUACAACUCGAACGCCAAUAGAAACACUCUGGAGGCAGUGCAGUAUGGAGUAGAGGGAAGCACGGCGUUCCUGGAGUGCCAGGCCAGGUCUCCUCACGUGUCCAUCAAAUGGCAUUUUCAGAAGGAGAACAGUGACAGGAGACGAGAGAUUCGUUCAGAUGGACGUGUGUUGCACACAGAUCAGGGCCUGCUUUUACGCUCCCUGCAACUCUCAGAUGCUGGCACCUACCAGUGCACAGCCACAGAGAAGAACUUCAAGCACACACUGGUCAAGCUGCAGCUGCUUGUGCUCUCGGUGCGCACUGUCAACAACAUCCAAAUGGAGACGGGAGCCUCUAUACCUGCCAUGCCUGCUGUUCCCCUACAGACCAGUGCCUGGACACCCAGUGCUGAACAGUACAAAGACCUGCUGACCAUCCUGAGCCAGCCUGAGAUGGGCUUAAUCAACCAGUACUGCCAGGACUACUGGCAAAUCGCUGAGCAUGACAAGAAAGACCUAUACGAAGCCAAGGAGCAGCGCAAACCACGGAACCGGAGACACCACGAGACCCAGAGGAGCUCAGCCGAGACAUGAGUAGGAGGCUGACGAGGCCAGGAACAGAAACACAGACACAUAGAGUACAUGCAUCCACAAGACUCAAGCAAAAAAACAAAAAAAAAAAAACUCCAACUCGCUGAAACACGUUACACAUGAAAAUAAGUUAAACCACAGUGUGACCGAUGGACUAAGUGGACACAUUAGAGCAGCAAGAGUAGGCAGUAUUUAUUGUAGUUUGUACAUAGUUAGACUCUGUGGAUAUCUUUGUACUGAGAGCACAAAAAGAGAGAGAGAAACAAACUGUUUUGUGUAUAUGAUUCUUCUGUGCAGAUAUUUUAUUAUUGUUAUUCUUCGUAUAGCAUAUUUAUUAUAGUGUUCUUGUCCUAAUGAACUGUGUGAUUGUAUUAUGCGGGAAGGCAAAAGCACAGUUGUAUAUACUGAGUGGAUAAAUACUCAUGGUGCCUCAUUUAUAGGAGCUCCUAAUAGACCACCAGGUAAUAUACAAGACAUUAGCUGUAACACCUAUGGUUUUACUUACCAAGCCGUUUCCAUGGAUACAAGUUGUAUUCCAAGUCAGUCACACUUUAUCUAUGAUUUAGCUCAUUAUGUAACGGGGCACAUUACACUUCCUUGUCCAGUGUCCAAAGUGAGAGGAAAAACCCAGUUUGUUAGACCAAUAAGACAUGAGCAGCUCCUCUUAAAGAUGUUUAUUCCAUCAGCAUUUAUUUAGCAUUGGGAAUACACAAAUGGAUUGAACAUGUGCCUCAUACAAACCUAACGAGCAAUUUAUUAAAAGAAAAGCAUUUUCUUCUAGACAAUGGUUUUUCCAUAGAGUAGGUUGCAUAAGGAUUCACCCCCUGGAACCUUUCCACUUUUCCACUGUAAUGUUACAACCUGGAACUGAAAUAAACUUUAUUGAUUGAUCCUAGGACACAUUUUAAGCAUAUGAUAUUUUAUCAGUAGUUGAUGGCCAUGAGUUUAUUGCUCUAUUUUGCCACUAGUAAAAAACUGUCUAAAUUUUUCAGUUCAAUUACAGUUCACAAGACGAUCUCGGUUUAGAGCCAGGGUUUCUAACUUUAUUUGGUUAUCAAGAUGACAACCUUUCUCGACACCCCUGCUUUAUCUAUCCUUGUAAAUGUUUGAAUAUUUACGUAGUCAAACUCAUGUAUAAUAAUAUCUCUCUGAGGAAAGAAAAUUCACACAGACUAAGAUAACACUGUGUACAGUUGACCAGCUCUACACAGUACAUCAACUUUACGUCUUUGUAAUGGUCUUGAUCUUCCAUGUCUAUAUGACUACAUGUGCAGAAUUCUUUUGUAAGUCACCAGGUGUGGUUCGAACCCAAACGGACAUCCCAUGUAGUAACCACAUGCUUUUUAGUCACGUUGACAAAUUAUUUGUAAAUAGUACAUACAAUUAUUGCACGCACAAGAACUAGGUACACUAAAUUACAGAACGCAUAGGAUUCAAAUCAGAACGUUGUUUCUCUUUUUUUUCCCCCAAAUUAAAAAAAGGAUAUUGAAAGAGUACGCCCUAUUGUGAUAACCUUGCAUAUCUUUAGAACAGAGAAAUCAAGGAAAGCACUUUUAUCCACCUUAUCCGGUCAGUUAGACUGUCGUCCCAGAGUUUUAGGAGAAUUGUUCUCAUUUUUGCAUGAAAUGGUUUUGUACUGUACAGCUUUAUUAGUUUUAAAAACCCAGUUACGUUGUUGUGUAGAUGUUUAUGGAUGGUCUUUUAUGUAAAAAAAAAUCACUUUAUGCGAAAAACCACAAACA